AUGUAUCGUCUGAAGUCAUUUAGAGAUAUCAAAUCUAAUGAAGGCCUUGAUGAGAAACAACUCUUUGAUGUGAUUGGUCGAAUGAUUGAGAUUCACUGCCCACAGGAGAAACUGAUUAAUGGGAAGAACUCCAGGCUGAUUGACUUCACCAUUGAAGACACUGAUGGUAUACAAUUGAUGUGUACUUUGUGGGACGAACACGUAAGCAAGAUCGAGGCAUUCUACAAUUCUACCACACAAGAGGCAUUAUUGGUGUUGAUCCAAUUUUGUAGGGCUAGGGUGUGUUUAAAAAGUGGGGAUGUUAAGCUUUGUAGCUCCUAUGAUGUAACACAACUGCUGUUCAACCAGGAAUCUCCACCAUUUGAGGAGUUCAGAAAAAGUAUCAGCCAUGAAAAGACUCCAAUGCGAAGUAUUAUUUCGCAAUCAAGUUUUAAGGAAUGUAGCUCCUAUUCAGCUUCCCUAUCUGGUGAUAUUGAGGUCCGUACUAUCAGUGAAAUAUACAGAGACAAGGAGAGUCUAUUUGGGGUUACUUAUCUCACAAGGAUUGUGUUCAUUGAUGAUCCUGAGUGGUACUAUGCUUCGUGUAGAACAAAGGGUUGCAACAAAAAGCUGAAAAUGAAAGGAAAGUGGCUGUGGUGUAGUACCUGUGACAGGAAUUGGGGCGAUGGAACCCUGAGGUACAGAGUUAAAGUUAGGGUGGUGGACUUGGAUGGGAAUGCUCCUUUCCUCCUAUGGGACAGGGAGUGCCUUGAUCUACUUGGUGUUAGCGCAGAUGAUUUGAAUUCUACCCAUACUAAGGGGAUACCUAAGGAGAUUGAGACUCUGAUUGGAUUGAAUCUGCUCUUUGGAAUUGCUGUUCGCAAAGAACAAUUCCAAAACUUCCUCAAUGCUUUCCCUAUUAUGAGGAUCAUCACUGAUGAAAAGAUCGUAGAAAAGCAUGCACCAGAGCUAAUUGGAGUUAGGGACAGGGAUCUAAGUUCAAAGUUGGAGUUGGAGCUUACAGAUGAGGAUCUAUGGGAUCUAGAGGAAAAUGACCAAGCAAAUGAAGCUGAAAGUCCUCUACAAGUUGUUGCACAGAGGCUGAAUGCAGAGAACACCUUAGAGAAUGGAACAGAGCAGAUUUUCUUCAAUCACAUGAUGGAAAAAGACAAUGCAGAAGUGAUUCAACAUGAAACAAAAGAAGUUGAACAUAACGUGAUGGAAAAAGACAAUGCAAAUUUGAUGACACAUAAAGCAAAAGAAGAUGAUCAUCACAUGAAGGGAAAAGACAAUGCCGAUUUGAUUUCACAUAAAGCAAAAGAAGAUGAACAUCACAUGAUGGAAAAAGACAAUGCAGAUAGUAUAGCAUAUGGAUAUAGUUUCAUCUAUAAUUUGUUAAUGUAA